AUGGAUAAUCAAGAAAAUUUAUAUGAAAAUAUCACAACAGAAGAAAAAGAAGUAUUAGCAGAAGCAGAAACUAAAAGAGAAUGGGAAUCUGAUGGUCAAUGGUUAAAAAGAAGAGAAUUUCUUUUAAAAAUGUUGAAUUAUCAUAAACGAAAUAACAUUAAAAUUGAUGUAGAUAAAUUCUCUAAAAUGGGUCAUAUAUUUUACAAUAUAAAAUAUUUAAGUUGUACUUAUAGUAAUCAAAUUCAUGAUGAAAUUAAAAAAUAUGAAGAAGGUUAA